UAUUUAGAAAUUUCUGACUGAUAAUUUUAAAAUAAAAAUGAAAAGUGGAAUCUAAUAUAGAAAUGUAAUAAUUAAAUUUAAAAAAAAAAUGAAUGAGGAUAAACGGUAUAGAAAACGGAUGGAUGGAAAAUUAGUUUGGAAUUGAAUUUUUAAAAAUUAUAUAUUGUAUACAAACUAUUUUUUACUUGCUGUAUACAGAACUUGUUUUACUUCUAGUACGGUAAAAACAUUUUUUUAAGUACCAUUCAGUUGUGUUUAACUUAAGUACAGUCAAUGUGCUUUUUCGGACUAAAACCUAGGCCUCUCAUUUUUUUUACUGUAUUUUAGUGUUGGCCAUUUUGGUGUUACUUGGAGAGAGAAAUAUUUUUUGAGGUGGUGUAAAAAGUUUGUGAACCACUGACCUAAACAAUAAAUAGUUGGCUUUUAAUUUUUGCAAUUUUAUGUUUUCACAACAAUAUAUUUGUCUUUCUGAGAGCAACAUUACACAAAAGAGUAUAAUGAAGUAAGACAGACAGAAAUGUUUUUUGAGUUUGAAUAAUUUCCACCACUUGGAAUAGUAUGUGUGAAGAAAUGCAGAAUUUUAUGACAAUAAGGUUGAAAUAUUGCAAGAUUAAAGUUGCAACAUGAUGUGACAAAACUGGUAAAUGGAAUAAUUUUGUAAGGAUCAAGUCCUAUGUUGUGUGGAAAAUAAAUGUAACUUUAAAAGAAUAAAGUUUAAAGAUUCCAAGAUAUUAUGUUAGGAAUAAAAAAAAUUGCAAAAUGAUGUGACAAAAUUGGUAAAUUAAAAGAAUAAUGGAGUCAUUUUGUAAGGAUCAAGUACGAUGUUAUGUGGAAUAAAAUAAAUUGAACUGCAAGAAAAAGUUAUUUAUAGGUAGAAAAGGUUAAAACCCAACUGAUCUCACUCUCAUGGUGUCAAGAAAUGUGACCUAGCAAAACCUUUAAGUAUGUGAAAAUGUUUUGAGAUUGUGUGUGUGUGUGUGUGUGUUUGUGUUUGUGCAUUAAGAGCGGUGCGCAAAGGGUUAAAGCAGCAUACUGUGACGGUGACCUUAGUCCCUGAGCUCUCAUAAAAUGCUGGCUCGGAUGCCUCGCCUCCUCCUGACCAGUGCAGCGCCAUUCACUCUCAAGGCCUGCAGUGUACAAGAUGGAGCAAGGCUGUCACAUCAACGUAGCGAUGCUUGACGACAUUUGCUUCAACGGCGUCGUGGGUUCGAAGGUCGCCACGGUCACGGAGCAGCCAGACAAGCAGCCGUGCGGGUCCACCGUCAGCUUCCACGACGUCUGUUACAAAGUUCACGUGAAGGACGGCUUCUUCUGCAAAAACACGUCAAGUCCUCGCCAGAUUCUACUGGACCUCAAUGGUAUCAUGAGGCCCGGUUUGAAUGCAAUCCUUGGACCUACCGGAAGCGGAAAGUCAUCUUUUUUGGAUGUUCUCGCUGCGAGGAAGGAUCCCUCCGGCCUCUCGGGGGAAGUUCUAAUCGACGGAGCGCCGCAACCACCGAAUUUCAAGUGUCUUUCAGGCUAUGUGGUCCAGGAGGACGUGGUCAUGGGUACACUAACAGUGAGGGAGAAUCUCCGUUUCUCGGCAGCGUUGCGUCUGCCCACGUGCGUGUCGGAGCGCGAAAAAGAGGCCCGCGUCAAUCACCUCGUCGCAGAGCUGGGUCUCGCCAAGGUGGCUGACUGCAAGGUGGGCACGCAGAUGACUCGCGGCAUCUCGGGAGGCGAGAGUAAGCGGACCAACAUCGGAAUGGAGCUGAUCAUCGACCCUCCCGUGCUCUUUUUGGAUGAACCUACCACAGGCCUGGACGCCAGCACAGCUAACUCUGUCCUGCUGUUGUUACGAAGGAUGGCCAACCGAGGGAGAAACAUUAUCAUGUCCAUCCACCAGCCUCGCUACUCCAUCUACAGACUCUUUGACUCGCUCACCUUGCUGGUUGGAGGCAAGAUGGCGUACCAUGGACCGGCGCCAAAUGCGUUGGACUACUUCGCAAACAUCGGAUAUUCCUGUGAGCCCCACAAUAACCCAGCCGACUUUUUCCUGGAUGUAAUCAACGGAGACUUCGCUGUCAUCAGCAGGUCCAAAGUCAACCUUCCUGAAGAUUUGGACUUGGAGCAGGCGACGAGCUCCAGGAAGAGCGUGGAGGAGCGCCUGGUGGAGGAGUACAAGAACAGCAGCUACUACAGCGACACGCUCGCCCAGCUGGAGCGCAUCGCUCAGGAUAAGCGGCACUCCCCGCCGUCCACCACGCGCACCGUCACCUACAACAGCUCCUUUGUCCACCAGCUCCGUUGGGUGCUGCGCAGAACCUUCCAGAACCUCAUGCUGAACCCACAGACAUCUGUGGCACAGGUGGUGGUGCACGUUAUCCUGGCUUUCAUUGUGGGGGCCAUUUUCUUCAGAGUCAAAGAUGAUCAGAGCGGCAUCCAGAACAGGAUGGGGGCGCUCUUCUUCAUCACCACCAACCAGUGUUUCAGCACAGUGUCGGCAGCCGAGCUCUUCAUCGCCGAGCGGAAGCUCUUCGUACACGAGUACAUCAGCGGCUACUACAGGGUGUCCGUCUACUUCCUGUCCAAGGUGCUGUCCGACGUGGCCCUGCGCACCGUCACCUCCGUCAUCUUCAGCUGCGGCGUAUACUUUAUGAUCGGGCUGAAACGCAGCUUGUCCGCCUUCUCGGUGUUCACGCUGACGGUGACGCUGGUGGCGUACACGGCCACCGCCAUGACCAUGGCCAUCUCGGCAGACCAGACGGCGGUGGCGCUCGCCAACAUCUUCAUGACCGUCACCUUCGUCUUCAUGAUGAUCUUCUCAGGUCUUCUGGUGAACCUUCCGAGCAUCAUGGACUGGCUGGCCUGGCUCAAGUACUUCAGUAUUCCUCGUUACGGACUCGCCGCCCUGAAGGUCAACGAGUUUGUGGGGUUAAAAUUCUGCCAGAGCGCCAACAUGUCCGCCGCCGUGACCAGCUGCAACUGCAGCGUGGCGACCACCGUUGGACUGACAUGUACCGGGGAGCAGUUCCUGGACUAUCUAGGGAUCCAGUACGGCAUGUGGGGACUGUGGGAGAACCACGUGGCGUUAGCCGUCAUGCUCGUGGGCUUCCUGCUCAUUUCCUACCUGAAACUUCGCUACAUUAAGAAGUUCACUUAAACAUUUUUUAUUUGUUUUAUGUCAAUCAUUUAGAAGGAAAUUGUACAAAAAGUUCAAUUUGAAAAUGUUUAUUUAUAAAUAUUCACAUUGGAUCCCUUAUUUUAAAAGUAGAUGCGAUUUCUUUUUCGUAUUUGUCACUCAAGAUUUUUUCUUUUUUGUAUUUACCUCAGCAGUGAACAUUUGUAAUUGUGGAUGAAACAUUUAAUCAGUAUUGUUUUUGUAUUGUUUCAAACAAGUUGUACAAAUAUAUUCAUGUAUAAAUGUCAU